AUGCAGAUCAAUACUAGCAGCCUGCAGAGUCAGCCGCGGAUCGUAUAUGCCAUUUUCCUGCUGGUCACGCUGACGCCGCUUUACUACGUAUCCUACCAAUACCACCUCCGGCAUCCCUACGGCUCCUCGUCACCUCUUGACCGACCUGCACACCCGGCAUCGCCGCAAUUCAUUCGUGACUGGCUCGACACGCAUGUCGUCUCACCUUUCAACCCCUACGCACUGGAAUGGUACUGCAACCAGAGCGACUGGAGACCUGGCCUUGUCUUUAAUCUCGCCAACGCAAAUGGCGGCAUUGGCAACAUCCGUGGCAACAUGCUGGACUUUCUAUUCCAGUCCAUCGAAGCAGGAGCAUCUAUCCUACUUCCAGGCAUGGCAAGCCGGAGUGACGAAGAUCUGAGCAACGUCUGGGCAUCUCGAUCCCCAUUCGACCAUUUCUUCGAUGAGGAGUGGUUCUUGAAGACCGUCCAAAAAGCAUGUCCAGAAAUGUCGGUCUACAAGCCGCAGCCGGAUCAACCACUCAAAGAGGCAGUACCAGGGGUGUUCUAUCCCAGAAGCAGGAGAGCGGAUACAGACUUUGGGAACAGCAAACGGGCGUACCUGGAAGGCCUGCAAACGUUUCUCGAUGAGCACGGCCAAGUCGAGCCUGACAACGUCACGCUUGUGGACUUGGAGCGAACGCUAUGGGAGAUUGAUACCAGGAGUCUGCCUUUGAACUUCAGGAGGGACUUUGGACAGCUCCUACGAAUCAAUCCUACCAUCCGCCGGUUGGCAGCAGUCGUUGUUCAGCAGCUCAGCUUGAAGUUCGGCGUCGACAUCGAUCCGCGAAUUGCGAUUCCACGGGGAGCGUUCUAUGGAGCUCACUUGCGAACGGAAUCGGAUGCGCAGAACGCGGGCUGGCUCGACGAGACCAAUGCCAAUUUCUCAGCACAGACAGACUCAUACAUCGCGCAGGCUCUCAAUCACAAACUGAAAGUCAUCUACGUCGCCUCUGGCAAUGCCACCGAUCUUGCACUGUUCCGACGCAAGGCCCUCUCCCACGCUCCUCCGCUUAAUGUCACUUCCAAAUUCGACUUGCUUCCCCCGAACGAAGCGGCUGCCUUGAAAGACAUGACCUGGGAUCAACAAGCGUUGGUGGAUUACGAGGUUUUGCAGAGGUGCAGUAUCUUCGGCGGACUGGCAAAGAGCAGCUUCAGCUACAACAUCGCCAUGACGAGAAAUCAGUGGUUGGAGGAUCAAGGCCGAGUCAAUGACCCAUGGAUGGUGCAGCAUUCGGAGGACGGCGUGAGCUUUGAUGAUGGGAUCAGUCGGGUAUUGGCAAGAGACGGGGUGCAUGAGCAGAGAAUACCACGAGGUAUGUGGCCAUGA